AGAGCAGGAAACGAUAGACAACAAGAAGUGACUCCUGAGCCGACCGGGAGAGGGACGGCUCCUGUCGAGCUGGACUACCAAAGAAAACUGGAUUAAAAGCUUGCAUUCGGACGGAAACCUGGUUUAUUUGAUACGUUGGUAACCCAUGGACAAAUUGGCCGUGGAUACAUAUUUAUCAAGUGCGUUUCGAGCUCAAUCCAAGGAGUUUAAAGUUUACGCGAUCUCCUAGUUUUCUUUUUUGCCAGCCUGUGAUGUGGUGACGCGGCUCGUCGACGGGAAGCUAAGCUAACGUUAGCUGGCAAAAUACACCAGAGAAAAUGGGUUUUUAGAUAUUUUAGUUUUCUUCUGACUUCGUCUUCAUUUUUUUUCUUUCAUUUGACCCUUGAAGUUGGAUUAUAAACACUUUUUAUAUAUAUAUAUAUAUGCUUUGCCUGGUAUUGUCUUGGACAGUAACAUUACACUUUUUAGUUGCAGUCCAAUGAGCUAUCGUAACCGGCUGUAGUGCCGAGCUAGCUCUGGACAUUUGAUUGCUAACGGUGGCUAGCUAUCUAGCUACAUCUGUUUCCACUUUUGUUCCUUGUAAGGAGUGUUGCCUAACUACACUUUUUUUUUCCUUCCCUUGAACAAAGUAUAGAAAAUGUUAGGAUGAGUUAAUAAUUGUGUUUCUGUAUAUUAUAUGUGCAAACACUAAUAAUCAGUUUGACUCACUUAUCUUUGUGCAAUGCAGAAGUCACUACCGUUAGCGAAAUAGCUAGCUAGAGUUGUUGCCCUCUGAUGUGGGUCUGGCGGUGCGGCCUUUUGGAGUUAACUUGUUCGCCGUCGGGGACCUUUCAGUCUGGAUGGUUUUCAACAUUUCAUUGGAUUUAAUGUUUUGAAUGGCUUGGAUUAUUCAUACAAUUGUACCGUUGUAUUAGUUGAACGAACUGGCUAGAAGUUAAGUUGAAGAAAGCUCGGCAACAUAAAUAGAAAAGUGGACAUCCACAAAGGAAUUUCGUCUACUCUGCAAAGAUGAUGUGCGAGGUGAUGCCCACCAUCAGCGAGUCGGAGGGGCCUUCGGGUGGCCGGCGGGGGUCUGGCUCGCCUCUUCAUUCGGACUCGGAGGGGCACUUUGAAUCUCUGAUGGUUUCCAUGCUGGAGGAACGCGACCGGCUACUGGACACGCUGAGGGAGACCCAGGAGAACCUAGGCCUGACCCAGGGCAAGCUGCACGAGGUCAGCCACGAGAGGGACUCGCUGCAGAGGCAGCUUAACACCGCCCUGCCCCAGGAGUUUGCUGCGCUGACCAAGGAGGUGAAUGUGUGUCGAGAGCAUUUGAUGGAGAGGGAGGAGGAGAUCGCUGAGCUCAAGGCUGAGAGGAACAACACGCGGCUUCUCCUGGAGCAUCUGGAGUGUCUGGUGUCUCGUCAUGAACGCAGUCUGAGGAUGACGGUGGUGAAGAGGCAGGCCCAGUCUCCUGCCGGGGUCUCCAGCGAGGUAGAGGUCCUCAAGGCACUCAAGUCCCUGUUCGAACACCACAAAGCCCUGGACGAGAAGGUCAGGGAGAGACUGCGUGUGGCUUUAGAAAGAUGCAGCCAACUGGAAGAACAGCUCACAUCACAACACAAAGAGAUGUCUUACCUGAGAGAGCAGAACAUCCAGAAGAGGUCGCUAGGCGACGGAAUGGAAGGGCUCAACCACAACUCUGAGAACACUCCAAGCACAAACGGCAAGCGGUCGUCAGAUGGCUCUCUGAGCCAGGAGGAGGACCAGGGGAAGGUGGGGGAGCUGCAGGAGUUGGUGGCGAGACAGACGUCAGACCUGGGGCAGAUGAUGGAGCGCAUGGCGGCCAUGACGGGACGCAUCAGCGAGCUGGAGGAAGACCUGGACACGGCACGCAAGGACCUCAUCAAGAGUGAAGACGUGAACACACGCCUGCAGAGAGACAUACGAGAGUCUAUGGCCCAGAAGGAGGACAUAGAGGAGCGUAUCGUCACCCUGGAGAAGAGGUACUUGGCAGCGCAGCGAGAGGCCACCUCCGUACACGACCUCAACGACAAGCUGGAGAACGAAGUGGCCAACAAGGAGUCCCUGUUCCGACAGACUGAGGAGAGGAACAGGCAGCUGCAGGAGCGUUUAGAGCUGGCUGAGCAGAAGCUGCAGCAGACCAUCAGGAAGGCGGAGACUCUGCCCGAGGUGGAGGCGGAGCUAGCCCAGAGGGUGGCGGCCCUCACCAAGGCGGAGGAGCGUCAUGGCAACGUGGAGGAGAGGGUGAGGCAGAUGGAGGCUCAGCUGGAGGAGAAGAACCAGGAACUGCUCAGGGCGCGCCAGAGGGAGAAGAUGAACGAGGAGCACAACAGGCGUCUGUCGGAGACGGUGGACAAACUGCUGUCAGAGUCCAACGAGAGGCUACAGCUUCACCUCAAGGAGAGGAUGUCUGCCCUAGAGGACAAGAACGGCCUGAUCAGAGAUCUGGAGCACAGUAAGAAGCUGGUUGAGGAAACGCACCAUGAGAAGGAGCAGCUAUUGAUCCAGAUUGAGACGAUGCGGGCGGAGAACGAGCAAGGCAGGAACAGGAGCAACUCACUGCUGCACCAUGGGCGGUCUCACCAAGGCAGCACCCCAGACUUCCGGUACCCGGUGUCGGCCUCCUCCAUGAUGGACAGCCACUCGGACCACUACGGCAGCGCGCUGGUGCUGAGGCGGCAGAAGGGGCGCCUCGCCGCGCUACGGGACGAACCCUCCAAGGUCCAGACUCUGAAUGAACAGGAGUGGGAGCGCGUGCAGCAGGCUAAUGUUCUGGCCAACGUUGCUCAGGCGUUUGAGUCUGACCUGGAGACGUCAGACCUGGAGGACGAUGAGCGCGAGACCAUCUUCAGCUCCGUGGACCUGCUGUCCCCUGCCGGCCAGGCAGACGCUCAGACCCUGGCCCUCAUGCUGCAGGAGCAGCUGGACGCCAUCAACAACGAGAUCAGGAUGAUUCAGGAGGAGAAGGAGAACACAGCCAUGCUGGCAGAGGAGAUGGAGAGCCGUGUGGGCAGCGGGGACAGCCUGGGGGCCAGCCGCUUCCGCUCCAUGAGCUCCAUCCCCCCCUCCUCCAUGGGGGGCUCGUCGCCCCCCGGCUCAGGCUCCUCCACCCCGCGACGCAUCCCCAACCGCAGCCCCAACAGAGAGGUGGACCGCAUGGGAGUCAUGACCCUGCCUAGUGACCUGCGCAAGCACCGCAGGAAGUCUGCCCAGGACGACAAGACCACAAUCCAGUGUGAGACGUCUCCUCCCACCACCCCGCGCUCCAUGCGCCUGCACAAGGGGGCCAGCCACACUGCCAGCCAUGAGGACAUCAGGGACAUCCGCAGUAUGACCACCCUACAGGACGGCCAGGGUAGUAACCCCAGCAGCAGUAACAGCAGUCAGGACUCUCUGAACAAGGCAGCCAAGAAGAAGAGUAUCAAGUCCUCCAUCGGGCGCCUCUUCGGCAAGAAGGAGAAGGGUCGACCAGGCCCCCCAGGGAGCAAGGAGCCCCCUGGCAGCCAAGCUGGUACCCCCGAGGCAGAGACCUCUCCCCAGGAUGCACUGGGGCUGGGCAAACUAGGCGGCCCCGCUGAGAAGAACAGGAAACUGCAGAAGAAGCAUGAGUUGCUGGAGGAGGCUCGCAGGCAGAGUCUUCCAUUCGCCCAGUGGGACGGCCCUACUGUAGUGGUCUGGCUGGAGCUGUGGGUGGGUAUGCCAGCCUGGUACGUGGCGGCGUGUCGUGCCAACGUGAAGAGCGGUGCCAUCAUGUCUGCCCUGUCGGACACAGAGAUCCAGAGGGAGAUUGGCAUCAGUAACCCCCUGCACCGCCUCAAACUGAGACUGGCCAUCCAGGAGAUCAUGUCUCUCACCUCCCCCUCUGCCCCCCCGACCUCCAGAACCACGCUGGCAUAUGGAGACAUGAACCAUGAGUGGAUUGGUAACGAGUGGCUGCCCAGCCUGGGUCUGCCCCAGUACCGGUCCUACUUCAUGGAGUCCCUGGUAGACGCACGCAUGCUGGACCACCUCACCAAGAAGGACAUGAGGGGACAGCUUAAAAUGGUAGACAGUUUCCACAGGAACAGUUUCCAGUGUGGGGUGAUGUGUCUGAGGAGACUGAACUACGACAGGAAGGAGCUGGAGAGGAGGCGUGACGAGACCCAGCUGGAGCUGCAAGACGUGCUGGUGUGGAGCAACGAGCGUGUGAUCAGCUGGGUGCAGGCCAUGGGGCUGAAGGAGUACAGUAACAACCUGCUGGAGAGUGGCGUGCACGGAGCCCUGCUGGCCCUGGAUGAAACCUUCGACCACAACGCCCUUGCCCUGCUGCUACAGAUCCCCACGCAGAACACACAGGCGAGAGCUGCUCUGGAGAGUGAGUACAACAGUCUACUGGCCAUCGGUACAGAGAGGAGACUGGAUGAGGACGAUAACAACUUCCGCCGCGCCCCCUCCUGGAGGAAGAAGUUCCGGCCCAAAGACGCACGGGGGAUGUCCCCGGGCUCAGCCGACACCCUGCCCGCCAACUUCAGACUGACCAAUAGCAACGCAGUGUCCCCCUCCACGCAGCCGAAAAGGAGCCACAUGGACGGGAGUCAGUCUGCAAUACAGAGGCUGGACACUGCCACAGUCAGGACAUACUCCUGCUAACACAUUGAUCCUCAUUAUUUCUAUAGGUGACUGCUGGUUGGAGGAUGAGGGGUGAGUCCCCCCCCCCCCCCCCCACAUCAGGAGCAGCUGCUGACCCUGCAAGGACACAGAGUUGUAUUGUUAUCACAGCGAUAAAAGGAGUAGCAACCACAUCACCAAUCUCUGUACUAGAGGGCCCGUGUCCUAGAUGUAUCAUCUUUAUUGUUCUAUUUAUGUUAGCCAGCUGGUGGGACAUGAUUUUAGAUUUGUUAUGUAUCUAUCUGUUACUUCUCCCACCUAAAGGGAAAUAUCCCUAUUUUCUAAAAAACUGUUCCAACUGUGUCCUUAUCAAGGUUAACUCUCAGAAUGUUUUAGAUGGUCUGGAGUUUGUAUAUUUUUUCAACAGACAUUAUCUAAUCAUUUUAUAUAUAUAUAUAUAUAUAUAUAUAUUCCUGAUCUUGUAUUGACCAGAUGUGUUUUUAUUUCUCUGUCCUCUGUUGUUUUUAAUCAUUGAACUGAUGAUCAAGUGACUUUAAUAAGUGACUUUCUAUCUGAAUUGGACCCCAUUUCCCUUCGACCCCCAGCCUGUUAUCUUCAAGCGUAUCCAUGGUGAUUAUUUGUAAAUGCAGCUCUUAUAGGACAAUGAGAAUAUGUGAAUAUCAGAAAUAUUGCUGGAGUUCUGACUGACAUUGUUUCACCAACUGCUACAACGCUGUGGUCGCUAAGCACCGGGCGGACCGUAACCACAACAAGGCCCUAGGUAACUGUGACGACAGGUGACACGUGAAACAACUCUUUGUUUUUUUCCCUGUGAAACCAAACCUGUAGAAAGACUGAAACAAAAGCCAUAAACAGUAGUGAAGACCAGGGCUGUUUUCAGAUGCAUCGCUUGGUAAGAGACCGUUCCACUGUGUAGGAUCUCCCAUUCUCCAGUCAACCUCGCAUGCCCAAACUCUCCAUUCCUCUUUUCCUCCUUCUCCUCAUCCCUCUCUUUUCCCUGCCUUCUCCUGGAGCGCGCUAACGGGAGGCCAGGCGUGCGUGAAGAUCAACUCGCUUGUACCUGAGCCGACAGCGUGGCGGCUCUACUAUCGACGGACCAAGUCCACUGUGGCCUAAACUGAUCCCAGCGACUAGCUACUCACCCGAGGUGGAGCGAUCUACCCACAAACCUUUAACCAACUCUUUAUACUACAGACACUUCUAAUCAAGCCCGAGGGGGGUUUUCUUACCUUAUUUCUCUGGCUGUCUUAUUUAUUCGUCAUCUCCGUCGUCGUGUUUGUUGCUUUCUCAGUUUGAUUUUUAAGAGUUGCCAUUUUUUUAAAAGCUGUUUCUGAGUGUUUUAACACAGGUUGCUGUGGCAAUACUUUUUCAAGACAGAUAAUGUCACGGAGGCAAAGACUUCCUGUCCACCCUGCAUUAGUUAUGUUAUUCCCUUUGUGAUUUAGUCAUUUUAUAAUACACAAUGCAAAUGCUGAUAUUAUUAUUAUUUUUUAAUCUUCAGUUUUCCCCAUUUUAUUCUCCUGCUCUGGUAACAAAAUGAUGUACAGUCUGAGUACUUAACUAUUUUAUCACAGUAUUAUUUAUGGAUUUACUUUCAAUAAAAUACUGAAACUUAUUUUCCACUGCCAAUAAAA